UGGAGUUAAAGAUGAGCGCUUAUAAAGUGAUGUGUUCAUAAUAAAUGCUACGGCGUUAGCCCCUGACAGCGGCGUGAGUGCUGAGUUCGGCCCCGCCCUCCCAGCGCCGCACUGGCCCGCCCUGCUCACACAAACUCCCCGCCUGAGCUCUGCCCGAGUCUGGGGAAAGCGUUUACGGCCUGGAGGCGGCGUGUGGGGAAAAAAGCAGGAGUUAAAAUAUUAUGCCAAUGACCAAGGGGGUCGAUGGAUGAAGAUGUGACGACCCUUUCUCAUUCCCACCAGCCCAACAUCAUCUUCCAUGGGUCAGGUGGGCAUGGUGAACUCGAGGAGGAUGAGGUGGCAGUGGAGCUGCAUGAGACAGUACUGGUCUCUGGAGUGGAGGAUGAUGGGAUAGCGGUGCAUGGUUUUUCCCCGGAUGAGCUGGUUAUCCAGGAUGCCAUGGGGGACGUCGUGGCCGAGUAUGUCCAGGACGAUGAUGAGGAGGACGAAGAAGGCCUAAGCACCAUCACCGUCGGAACUUGUGUGAUGUCACCGGGGAUAGCUCUGGAGGACGUGCUCAAUUCCUCUCAGGUGCAGGAGGACCCGGACGGGUGUGAAAACUACCUCAUGAUUUCCUUGGAAGAGCCUGGGAAGAUUGUAUCAAAUGAUGACGCUAAAGUAACAGCUGAGGGCACAUUAGAGGAGCAGGACGAUGGGGAAAAAGAGGACCAUGAGGGCCAAGAGGUCAUUAAGGUUUAUAUCCUGAAGGCUGACUCUGGAGAUGAUGACUUGGGUGGCACCGUGGACAUUGGAGAUGCCGAAAUUGAUGUUGACGAAAAUGUGGAGUUGAUGGAUCCGUCUGCACUCGGUGAUAAAAUGGUCCUUAUGCCUGUGGGAGAAGCCACUCAGAAUCAGGAAGACAUUAAUGUGGCUAAGAUAACAGAUGAAGUGUACAUGGAGGUGGUGGUGGGGGGUGAGGAGCCUGCCAAUCACCAGCGUCCAUUUGAUAACACCUCACUUAGCAAGGACUUCAUGCCUGUAGCUUGGGCAGCUGCUUAUGGUGGGCAAGAGGCUGAGAGUUGUGAUAACAGAAAUGGAGCAGCUAGCGCAGUGUUACAUGUCGAAGAGUCUGACAUUAUGGAGAAAAUCAACCACCAGCGAAUCAAAAGCAAGAACAAGAAACGCACAGAGACACGUCACAUCCAGACCGCAAUUAUCAUCGGUCCAUACGGACAGCCUCUCACAGUGUAUCCGUGUAUGUUGUGUGGAAAGAAAUUCAAGUCGCGAGGUUUCCUGAAGCGUCACAGCAAAAACCACCACCAGGACGUCAUCAGCAAGAAAAAGUACCAGUGUACAGACUGUGACUUCACCACUAACAAGAAAGCCAGCCUCCAUAAUCAUAUGGAGAUCCACAUGCUGAGCAGCAAAAGCGAACCGUUCGAGUGCGAGACGUGUGGCAAAGAGUUCCACCAGCAGGCGGCACUCUUCUCCCACCGGCUCCAGCACCAUUACAGAGAGCCAAAGCUGCAGAUUCCACCACCCGCUACAAAAAUGCACAGCUGCAAGUUCUGUGAUUAUGAGACGGCCGAGCAAGGACUUCUUAACCGGCACUUACUGGCUGUUCACAGCAAAAACUUCCCUCACAUCUGUGUGGAGUGCGGGAAGGGCUUCCGGCACCCUUCUGAGCUCAAGAAGCACAUGAGGACUCACACUGGGGAAAAGCCAUACUCAUGCCUGUACUGCAGCUACAAAUCGGCCGACUCGUCCAAUCUGAAGACGCACGUGAAGACGAAGCACAGCAAAGAAACUCCGCACAAGUGCGAGCGCUGCUUCCAGACCUUUGCCGAUCCCGAGGAGCUUCAGCAGCACACACUCGCACACGAGGAAGAAGCCAAGAGUCACCAGUGCAUGCACUGCGAGCAUCGCAGCUCCAACUCUAGCGACCUGAAGCGUCACAUCAUUUCCGUUCACACUAAAGAAUACCCGCAUAAGUGCGCCACGUGUGGGAAAGGUUUCCACCGACCAUCUGAGCUCAAAAAGCACUCGGCCGCUCACAAGGCCAAAAAACUGCACCAGUGUCGCCAUUGCAGCUUCAGGAUAGGAGAUCCGUUCGUGCUCAGCCGCCACAUCCUGUCUGUCCACACCAAAGAAACGCAACAGCAAACAGCGUUCUCGGACAAAAAAGGCCUGAAGAAGGCGUUUGUUCUCGGGGCUCACGGAGGGAAAAAGGUUUUGGCCAAAGUGCACAGGGAACGGAGGGUGUAUCAGUGUCAGUAUUGCGACUACAGCACAGGAGACGCCUCUGGCUUUAAGAGACACGUGAUCUCUAUCCACACCAAGGAUUACCCACACCGCUGCGAUUUCUGCUCCAAGGGCUUCCGCAGACCGUCGGAGAAAAACCAGCAUAUUGCACGCCAUCACAAAGACAUGAUGGCAUCUGUGUGACAUUAGCCAACCUGACUGGAGUGUACGGGGUGUGCGAUAUGGCCGCAUCAUAGUUUCUCAGUUUUACACACAUUUGUCCAACAGCACAUCUGUAAAAUACCUUUUUUUCCUUUUUUAUUUAUCAUUUAUAACAUGAAGCUAUUUACCAAGAAGAAUAAAAGAAAGCAUUGGUUACAGAAUGAAAUUUUAACACCCAAUCGGCCCCCUGCAAGUAACGGUGCACUUGAUCAAGCAGUGACCCACUGGUUAAUAAAACGAGAGCGACCUAAUUUAUCAUGACCGUAACGUCACAUCGCACACCCCGUGCAGUGUCCUGUCUUUUAGUGGGCUUCUUGUUUAGUCACGUCCAUCAUGUUAACACCGAGAGCACGUGUAGUGUAGCUAUAGCGCCCUAACAUUUUCACUUUGUUCCAUGUUUUUUUGGUUUCUUUUUAUUUCUAAUCAUUAUAUCCCGCCACCUCGUACUAUAGGAGUGUGUGACACUAGGUAUAAAAGUUUCAUAUGGUAAAUAUUAUCACAGCAGUAUAUUAGAAGCUGGUAAUGGAAUACACACAUCCGCCACAACUGUAGUGUGUGUGUGUGUGUGAUUUACACAGGAUUGAAAAUUUCCCACCACUGAGAAAAGAAUGGAAAUGAUAAAGAGCAAACAUUUCAAAAUAAAGCUAUCUGCUCUACUGUCCUAAGAUCAGGGGAAGAAAGAAAGAGGGAUGGAUGGCAUAUUUUCUCUAUUUCAAUCAAUUACUGUGACACCAUCAGUAAAAAAAAAAGGUGUCUUUAUGAAUGAUUGUUAAUGAAAUUUAUCAACUUUCAUUGUGAGUUUGCUGUUCUUUCCUUAGUACUGGGAAAUGUACAGAGAUCCCUGUAUCGCCUCUUAAACACACAAACACCAUAGCUGAGGUGGAGAUUAGGGUGUAAACUGCCUUUUAAUUCAGAACGAUUCACGUUUCCAUCAAAACCGUUAACCGCCUUUGUAAAACCUCGGUAGACAUCAGUUCUCAUGCUGCAUGGGGCAGCCUCACAGAGGAAAUCAAUGGUUGUAUGAGGCGUCUGUACUAAACGUCACAUUGUAUUAUAUCAUAGCCCACGCCUACAAAACACACUGCCAACAGCAAGGGGUCAUGAAACAAACGUGACAGAGAAUUGCAUUUGAAAUCAGUUGGAUGAUUAUGUUCCCGGUCAUUUUUGUUGGUCUGUUUUAAAGGCACAUUUUUGCUGUAUUUUUUCUUUUUCUUUUUUUUUUCUUUUCUCCUGUUAAAUUAUAGAGAAGGGGGGGUUUGGGUUCUUGCACAAAAUUAAAUUAAGAGACAGAUUGGUCUGAUAAAUCUAUAGUAGCUUUGUUUAUUCUCUAAAUAUGAUAAUUAAAUCCUCAAUCCUCAUGUAUUACAAUUUCUCCAAUUCAGGAGUCAGUCCAUAUGUAGCAGAAAAUUUUAGCUAGCAUUCAGGAUGCACCAAUUUCACCAGUCUUCCAUUAGCAACAUCUUUUGUGUAGCAGUUAUGGCGGCAGAGUGCUUUAUUUAUGAUUAGAUAUGAUUUAUUUUGUGUGUUCAUACAGUUAAGUCAUAAACAACACCAAUUCGGAUUGGAAAAUGUCAGAUUCUGUACCCUGCGGUCUUUUGGUAAAGUACUGUAGUGAUUCUGAUCACAUUGGUGCAUCACUAGAAUGCACCUAUGUUUUACAACAUGCUAGCGAAAAUGCUUUGGUCAUAUAAUGCAACAGCCCCCUGAAAAAAGUAAGGAAUUAUCAUAGAAGCUAGAGACCAUACAGUAAAUGAACAAAAGUUUGUGGACACCUCACUAUAAGAUUCGUAUGUGCUUUUUGAACAUCCCAUUUAUCAUUAGGUUCCUAUUUGCUGUUAUAAUAACCUUUCUGAGGAGAUGUUUUCUGAGAUUUUGGAGAGUCCUAGUGAAGAUUUCAGCUACGGGGGGCGUUAGUAAAAUCAGGUAAAAUUGUGGUAACAGGGUGGGGAACAACAUUUGGUUAGAAAAUCAGGUGUCCUAAUACUUUUGUCCAUAUAAUGUAUGUAUAUUUAUUUAGUUCACAAAUAUUGGAAUCGUGACUGCAUAUAGAUAUGGCAGUUUUCAGCUGUGUGUGUGUGUGUGUGUGUGUGUGUGUGUGUGUGUGUGUGUGUGGCUUGUGUUUGAGAGAAACAUUUGUUGUUAAACCAUUAAUGACUGACUAAACCACCUACAAACAAGAUACAAAGUAUUUAUAAUCAAUAAAGUUAUCACCGUUCAUAAGAUUAUCAUGACAUAUCAGUGUGAUAUGUCUAAACUAAGGACAGCUGUCCUUAUCCUACCUAUAGGAUGCCUGCUUCUGAAAUCGACUUUAAAUACGUUAAGGGGACUGAACACAGCCCCUCUCCUAGAAACAUAUAGCUAAGAUGCACAUGAUUCUCACAAAAUCAAAUGUAUAACUUUGAAUCAGUAUAUUCUGAAAGACAUCAUGUACAUAUAUAAAACUUUUGUAAAUACAGAAUUAUUAAAAAAAUGAGACUA